ACCAUCAUUUUUGAAUUAGGAAGGAGUAUUAGAUCCUAACAUGUUGCAAUUGACAAUACCAAACAACAAUACUUGCCAAUCUAAGAACCUUCCUCUAACUGGAAUAUUUAUCCCUCCUGUCGUUGCUCACUUGCUCUUGGGUUAAUUUCUCGAAGAGACAAGAAAUUCAACCGGUGUUACGUCUAUUUUCGCAAUACAAUUUAUGAUUUAAGCAAUUGAAAUAAUUCAUUCUCAUCUCCUUAUUCUCACCUGAUCUUUCAACCUAUGUGGUAAGGGUUAGAUAGCACAAUGGCAGAAUUACCUGGAUAUAUGGUGGCUUGUGUGCAAAGUGGAAAGCUUGCUUUCCUGGCAAUUCUGGUGUCCGGAGGGGUAGUAUUGCAAAUUUUGGCGUGUGCUCUUUACAAUAACUGGUGGCCAAUGCUUACAGUUAUUAUGUAUGUUCUUCUCCCUAUACCUAUGAUGUUCUUUGCUGGAUCUGAUACCUCUUCACUUUUUACAGAAUCUUCUGGAAACAGUUGGUUAGACGCGGCCAAAUUCUUGACAGGAGCGUCUGUUGUAGGCAGCAUUGCAAUACCAACUAUCCUAAAACAUGCGGGUAUCAUUGGUUGGGGAGCCUUGGUCAUGGAACUUUCUUCCUUUUUUGUAUUCAUUCUAGCCAUUCUGUGCUUCAUCAGAAUGGAUGACGAUGAUGCUUAUACCAUCCUUUGAUGUCUUCCGAUGGUCUUGUUUCAGACCAGCCUACUUUGAUCUCUGCACUCUGUAAAGCUUCUUGGAUACAAUAUAGAAGUGUAUCUUCUCGUGCAUAUUUAUAUAUAACAACUUCACACGUAAAGUGUGUAUCACCAUAAACAUAACCUGAAGGUCGAGGAGAGUGGAGAUGGAGGAGGGUCGGAGGCUGUCGUUUCGGACCUGUAUAUGGUUGAUCGCUUUGAUGGAAUGUUUGUGUUUAUUGUGUACGUAAUUUUUUUAUUUUAUUUGUAAAUUAAUACCGAGCUUUACUGUUUGUUACUUUGUUACAUUACCUUGAUCGAAAUGUUACAAUUCACAAGGGUGAAUAUUCAUGGAAAAUUGUGGCAAAAAAUUAAGGUUGUUUGGAGUGAAAA